AUGUCUCUCUCAGUGCUUGACGUGAUUGCACUUCUUCCUCAGAAAUGGCAGGACUGGAUACUACCUCCAUCGAGAAUCCCAACCGUGCAGAAUGACCCGUCCAAGGUCCAGCUGAGCCGCAUAGCUCACGUCUACUUUGAGCACUAUGAUUUGGAAGCGUUCAGCAGGUUUGCUAAAGAUUUUGGCUUCAUAGAGGCCGAGCGCAAGGGAAAAACCAUCUACUACCGCGGAUACGGCAAAGACCCCUACAUCUACGUGGCGAGUCAAAGCACUACACGGAAAUCACGUUUUAUGGGGGCUGCUUUCGUUGCAAAAGAUCUGGAAAACUUCAACAAGGCUGCAAAGAUACCAGGAGCUACACGCAACUCGUUAGAUGAUGCCCCCGGCGGUGGCGAGACGAUCACGUUUGCGCGCUCAAACGGAACCUAUUUUCAUGUUAUAUACGGUCAGACGGAGCGCGAUCUAAACGGCAAGGAUAUACCAACUGCGACGCAUGACUUUCAGGGUCCAUUCAACACACCCUUUGAAAAGCCGCGAAAAGGGCAGUUUCAGAGAUAUCAUGAUGGACCUGCUCUGGUGCACAAGCUUGGACACUAUGGAUAUGUGUGCAAGGAAUUCGAAUCAGAGUUGGCAUUUUACACUACCAACUUCAAUUUCGUCCAUUCAGACAUUCUAUACCUCCCGCAGUUUCCUCAGUUGGAUGUCAUGACGUUCAUGCAUCUUGAUUUGGGCAAGGAGUUUACGGACCAUCAUACGCUCUUCCUGCAGCGCGCUUCGCCGACAGUUCGAGAAACGUACGUCCACCACACUUCGUUCGAGGUGGACGAUUUUGAUACGCAGUUGAUGGGCCAUCACUAUCUCGCUAAGAAGGGAUGGAAGAGUGUCUGGGGUGUGGGAAGGCACAUUCUGGGGAGCCAGAUCUUUGAUUACUGGUAUGAUAGCUCCAAGUUCAAAAUUGAACAUUAUGCCGAUGGGGAUGUAGUAAAUCAGGAAAAUGUGACUCGCAGAGAGCCGGUUGGCCCACUGUCUGUUUGGGGUCCUGAGUUGCCGAAGGAUUUUGGAGACAACAAGGCGAGCUAG